UUACAUCAACAUUGACUUGCUUGCACUAAUCUCUCUAAUAUUAAAACAUCCAUGGUAGUGAGUGCUCUCAAAAAUCAACAAAUCUAUGGCUAAUUUCCAUAAAAUUCUCCACCUCUUCACCAUACUUAUCUUCCUCAAUACUUUCAAAUCUACCAAUUCAUGGGAUGACCCUUUUUUCCUAUACCAAUAUUGCUCAAGCAACACAACAUCAGCCAAUACUUCCUUCCAAUUCGACCUCACCACCCUCCUCUCUUCCUUAUCAUCAUUUGCCACAAAAACCAACACAAAAUUCUACAACACAACAUUCAUAGGGAACAACCCUUCUGACACAAUCUAUGGCAUGUUCUUAUGUAGAAGUGAUGUUCCAUCUCAACUAUGUCAACAAUGUAUAGUCAAUGCAACACAAAAACUUUCCUCACAAUGUUCUUUGUCUAAAGAAGGUGUUGUUUGGUAUAAUGAAUGUAUGGUUUGGUAUUCAACAUCAUUUAUUUUCUCAACUAUUGCAAGAACUUCACCUAGUUUUUACCUUUUGAACACUGACAAAGUUUCAGACACAAAAAGUUUCAUGAGUUUAUUGUUUUCUACAAUGAACAAAUCAGCUGAUGAAGCUUCUUUUGGUGAUGACAAAAAAUUUGCAACAAAUGAAAAAACUAUAUCAAAAUUUCAAACCCUUUAUUGUUUAACUCAAUGUACACCAAAUUUAUCACCACAUGAAUGUAGAAUUUGUCUAAGUGGAUUAAUAAAUCAACUUCCAAUGUGUUGUGAAGGUAGAGUUGGAGGAAGAGUUCUUAAUCCAAGUUGUAAUAUUAGGUAUGAAUUUUACCCUUUUUAUCUCAAAUCUAUUGGUUCAUCAAAUCCUUCAUCACAACAAAUUCUACUUCCACAAACAAAAAAUUCAUAUGAUGAUUCAAUGUUUUUAGAACAACCUUUUUACCUUUCACACAAUUGUUCAAGUAACAAAAACUUUACUUUUAGCAACACUUUCAAAGUUCAUCUCACAACCCUUUUUUCUUACUUAUCUUCUAAUGCCACCAAAAGUCUAUUUCAUAAAGUUGAUGUGGCAAAUUCAACUUUUGGACUCUUCAUGUGUCGUGGUGAUGUUUCUUUUUCCAUAUGUGAAUUAUGUGUGAAAAAUGCAACACAAAGAAUAACCAAAGAGUGUGACAAUUUUCAAGAGGGUAUAAUUUGGUAUAAUCAAUGUAUGAUUAGAUAUUCAAAUUAUAAUUUCUUCUCUUUAGUGGACAAAAAUCAUGUGUAUUAUGAGAUGAAUGUUACUAGUGAUUCUAGUCCUAACAAGGAGAAAAAUUUGUUCAAUUUUGUAAUAUCAACUACUUUAUCAAAUGUGGCAAUUGUGGCUGGUGAUAGUGAUGAGAGAUAUGGGACAAAAUCAUUGAAAUUGAAUGAUUUACAAACACUUUAUACACUUGGUCAAUGUACACAAGAUUUAACAAGUGAUGAUUGCAAAGGUUGUUUAGGAGAUGUUAUUGGAAAUGGAAUUCCUUGGCCUUAUUUGGGAAGUGUUGGUGGAAGAGUUUUAUAUCCUAGCUGCAAUUUGAGGUUUGAAUUGUUUCAAUUUUAUAAGGACAGUGAUAAUGUUACCACACCAAGAAUUAGUCAUUCUUCAUCAGAAAAAAGAAGAAAUGGGCCACGAACAAUUGCCUUGAUUGUUGUGCUCACAAUUGUUCCAGUGAUACUCUUCUUUGUUGGAUGCUAUUUGCUAAAGAGAAAAUCAAGAAAGAGUUUUAGGUCUAUGCUUAGAGAAAAUUUUGGUCAAGAAAGUGCAACUUUAGAGCCAUUGCAAUUUGACUUAGCUGUAAUUGAAGCAGCAACCAACAAAUUUUCAAAUGAAAAUUUCAUUGGCAAAGGUGGAUUUGGAGAAGUUUACAAGGGCAUACUUUUGGAUGGACGGCAAAUAGCGGUAAAAAGACUCUCAAAAAGUUCUACGCAAGGUGCAAAAGAGUUCAAGAAUGAAGUUUUGUUGAUCGCUAAACUUCAACAUCGAAAUCUAGUCACAUUCAUUGGUUUUUGCCUCGAAGAACAAGAAAAAAUCCUUAUUUAUGAAUAUGUGCCAAACAAGGGCCUUGAUCAAUUUUUAUUUGACUUUAAACGUUCAAAGAUUUUAAGUUGGUUGGAACGUUACAAUAUUAUAAGAGGAAUUGCUCAUGGAAUUCUCUAUCUACAUGAACAUUCUCGGCUUAAAGUUAUUCAUCGUGACCUCAAACCUAGUAAUAUUUUAUUGGAUGAAGACAUGAUUCCAAAAAUAUCAGAUUUUGGUCUUGCAAGAAUUGUUGAAUUAAACCAAGACAAAGGAAGUACCAAUAGAAUUGUCGGCACAUUAGGUUAUAUGUCUCCAGAAUAUGCAAUGCUCGGACAAUUUUCAGAGAAAUCUGACGUUUAUAGUUUUGGAGUCAUGGUUUUAGAAAUUAUUACUGGAAAGAAGAAUGUAAGGUCUUAUGAAUCACUUGUUGGUGAUAGCUUCUUGAGUUAUGUUUGGAGACAAUGGAGGGAUAAAGUACCAUUAAGCAUAUUAGACUCAAACAUCAAAGGAACUUAUUCUGAAUUUGAAGUCAUUAAAUGCAUUCAAAUUGGUUUAUUAUGUGUUCAACAGUUCCCUGAUGCAAGGCCAACAAUGGUAACAAUUGUUUCAUAUCUUAACAAUGAUUUCAUUGAAUUGCCAACUCCUCAAGAACCUGCAUUUUUGUUCCAUGAUCAAAUGGGUGGUGCAAAAGGGAUUCCACAAGAUUCAAGUUCUAGUCAAUCUAUAAAUAGUUGCACACCUUUAACUACCAAUGACUUGUCUAUAACUGAAUUUCUUCCUCGCUAGUUUUUUUUUUGUCACACUGGUGGAAAAAACACUUUUGUUGAAGGGUUUUCACAUCGGUGGACUGAAUACCUGAUGGAAAAGGUUAAUGUGUAGUACAUUUCACAUCGGCUUUGCAUUGAGGGAUGUUUUAAUUGAAUAAUAUAAUAAUGUCAUUGGAAACUAUAAUGUGCAAAUCAAAGAAUUAUAGAGCACAAAACAUGUGAAGUGUAAAGUGAUUUCCCUUGCUUCAAUCAAUGAUCUAGCAAAGUAUUUAUAAAAGUAUAUGUAGUUUUCAUCAUAAACUAAGUUAUGCCUUACAUAGGAUAGAGUUACUUACAUGACAAGUAACUCAUUCUAACUAAUUUCCUAUAAAUUAAGAUAUGAAGUAACUAAAUCUAACUACUUCAACUGUCAUAUUAUGAGUCUCUUCAAUGGAUGAG